AUGAGCAUUUCUUUUGAUACUCCAAGUCUGCUUUACCUUGAGUAUUCUGAUGAAGUUGCGAGAUACUAUCCGAAAGUUAACUUGCCAAAUUUAGUUGAGGCAGUACUUGACCUUAAUAUACGUGAUCUUGAUUAUAUGAAGCUAUACAGAGAGCGAAAUGAUGAUGGGUUAAGGAACUAUGUUGUUCUGAGAUGUGGAAAUUUGUGUAAGCUCAUGACCCGCAUAGGAAAUUUGUUUUCUAUAUGCUUCGAAUCGAUGCCAACGUUCAACAACCUCAAAAUGUUACGAAUUAGUGGGAGUGUCCACCCAGUGGGAUGGCAAGCAAUGCCGGUUCUCUUACAGAACUGUCCACAUUUAGAAACUCUACAAAUGGAGUAUCUCUGUGUUUGGGACUGCAUUUCCCUGGAAGAGAAAGGUGGUUGGCUCAUAUCUUGUCCAGUGGAAAAGAUAGUGGAAAAGAUACUGAUUGAAAUGUUUAGAGGAACUAAGGGAGCGAUUGGAACGGUAAAGCAUUUGUUGGAGUCUUUGUCGUGUUUGAAGGAGAUAACGUUAUUUGCCGGAAGGGAUUAUCCUACAGAUAUCUUUGAUCUUGUUGUGAAGAUGGUGAAUCUAUGCAAUGGGAGUUACCGAACCGAGCUGUGGUGA